AUUUAUAUUCAUAUAAACACAGACAAAAACGGCUUUUGGCUGCUCUUCCGCGUCAUAUACGAAACACACGCACAGUCACGUGACUCAAAAUGGCGGCGGGGCAACAGUGGGUGUUGGUAGAGAUGGUGCAAGCCUUUUACGAGGCUCCAGCAUAUCAUUUGAUUUUAGAAGGGAUACUCAUUUUAUGGAUCAUCAGACUGCUGUUUUCCAAAACAUAUAAACUUCAGGAGAGAUCAGACCUCACAGAAAAGGAGAAGGAGGAGCUGAUUGAGGAGUGGCAGCCCGAGCCGCUGGUUCCCCCCGUGUCUAAAGACCACCCUUCCCGAAACUAUGAUGUGGUCACGGGCCCUCCAAGCCACAAGAUCAUUGUCAAUGGGAAAGAGUGCAUUAACUUUGCCUCAUUUAACUUCCUGGGUCUGCUGGACAGCGAGCGUGUGAAGCUGAAGGCGCUGUCGUCUCUGAAGAAGUACGGCGUGGGGACGUGUGGACCGAGAGGCUUCUAUGGGACCUUCGAUGUGCAUCUGGAGCUAGAGGAGCGCCUGGCCAGGUUCAUGGGGACAGAGGAGGCCAUCAUCUACUCGUACGGCUUCGCCACCAUCGCCAGCGCCAUCCCAGCCUACUCCAAGAGAGGAGACAUCAUCUUCGUCGACGAGGCGGCGUGUUUCUCCAUUCAGAAAGGCCUGCAGGCCUCACGCAGCUUCGUCAAACACUUCAAACACAACGAUAUGGAGGAUCUGGAGCGCCUCCUGAAGGAGCAGGAGAUCGAGGAUCAGAAGAAUCCACGCAAGGCCAGAGUAAUCAGACGCUUCAUCGUAGUUGAGGGACUCUACAUCAACACCGCAGAUGUUUGUCCACUACCUGACCUCGUGAGGCUGAAGUACAGAUAUAAAGUCCGGAUCUUCCUGGAGGAGAGCAUGUCUUUCGGAGUGCUUGGGGAGCACGGGAGAGGAGUCACGGAGCAUUUCGGGGUCAACAUCGAUGAUAUUGACCUCAUCAGUGCCAACAUGGAGAAUGCGCUGGCGUCCAUCGGAGGCUUCUGCUGUGGACGAUCGUUCGUUAUUGAUCACCAGCGUCUGUCGGGUCAGGGUUACUGUUUCUCCGCGUCUCUUCCACCCAUGCUGGCCUCUGCUGCUAUCGAAGCCCUCAACAUCAUGGAGGAAGACCCAGGCAUUUUCAGGCUUCUGCAGGACAAGUGCAAACACGUCCACAAAGCUCUUCAAGGGACCCCGGGGCUGAAGCUGGUCGGAGAGCCUUUAGCUCCUGCUCUUCACCUGCAGCUGGAGAACAGCUCGGGAUCCAGAACAGAAGACCUGAAGCUGCUCCGAGCGAUCGUCGACUACAGUUUGGACAGACAGAUCGCGCUCACUUUGGCUCGAUACCUGGACAAAGAAGAGCGGUUUCUUCCUCCGCCCAGCAUCAGAGUGGUGGUGACCGUUGAGCAGACGCAGGAGGAGAUCCAGACCGCAGCGCAGUGCAUUCGAGAAGCAGCGCUGAACAUCCUCAAACGAUGAGAGUGACCUCUGACCCCGACGGCACACAACUCCACUGGAUGAAUACACUGAUUGAACCUGUUUGGAUUAUAUUUCAUGUUCUCCAUACCUGCUGUACAGACAGUGUUGAGUAUUUAAGUCUUUAUUUCACAUUGAAAUAAAUGCAGAGCUGGUUCUUCAAGCUGUUUGCGGUCGUGUGCACCAUCAAACCUAUUUAUGUUGUGUUCAAUGCCUUGAAUAAUGAUGGGAGAUCUUGACUAAUCAACAAUAAACAUGCCAUAAAAAAAGAAUAAUUAUUUAAUGUCAAGUCAGUUUUUAUAUACACUAAUUACAUUCCUUUGUAACCUUUGACCAAAGAGUUGCUUCUUUACUACAUGAGAAUCCUUUAACAAUGUUUAUGCACUGCAUAUUGAGUUUUAUUAUUUUUAUUAUUAGUAUUAUUAUUGUUUUUAUAUCCAUGCAUUCUGAAUAAUGCAGUGAUUCUUGUUUGGACUCUGUGCAUUGUGAGUGUACUGGGUCAACAGCAUACGCUCGCACACAGAGAUGAAAUAUGAUCGGUGUAGGGUCUGUGAUUGGCAUUAUAUCAAAAUGAAACAUUGUUUUCAAACAGAUUUCAAGAAUAAAACACAUCAGCCUUUAAAUAUGAA